UAUGUGCAGUAGCACGAAAAUAGCGUCCCGGGAACGACUGCGUACGCGCAGACAGUAUGAAAAUCCCACUCGGACGCCCAGCCCGUAUCAUGCUUAUCCACAAAUAUCCCAAAUUACGAGUACGGCAACCUUUGUAAUAUAAUUCCUGAAAUCGGAGUGUUAGAAUAAUAACUUCUUAAAGUGCCUGUGAUAUGAAAAAUAACGAAAUAUGUGAUCGUGAAAUGUGAUUGUUUAAAAUAGUGCCUGGAAAGCGUCCAAGUGUAUUGUGAACCUUAACCAUACAAGGGCGCCUGCCCUUUUAUGUCUGUUGUAUAAGAAUGAGUCAUAGAAGAAACCAAAGAUGAAUAGUGGAGCAAGAAGGGCCUUGACUGGCUCUAUACACAAAAUCAGAGAGUUCGAACUUGAAAAAGUCAGCCUGGUUGAAGAGUUUGAUAUCCUUCAAAUCGUUGGGGAAGGAUGGUUUGGGAAGAUACUUUUGGUAGAGCACAGAGCUUCUGAUACUGAAAUUGUUUUGAAAGCUUUGCCCAAACCUUAUGUAUCCAUUAGAGAUUUUUAUAGAGAAUUCCAUUAUAGUCUACAUUUAAGUGCACACAGAAACAUCGUCACCACAUUCGAUGUAGCGUUCGAGACGGCUGGCUUCUAUGUAUUCUGUCAAGAAUAUGCUCCUUUAGGUGAUCUAACAUCUAACAUGCUUGAUACUGGAAUAGGUGAAAUACACACAAAAAGAGUGGCGAAACAAUUAGCUGCAGCCUUGGAACACUUACAUCAAAGAGAUUUGGUACACCGAGAUGUUAAACUUGACAAUAUUCUGAUAUUUAAGUCUGAUUUUUCACGAAUAAAACUUUGCGAUUUCGGAGAAACAAGAAAAGUACAAUCAAUGGUCCGAAGAAGAAAUGAAUGGUUGCCCUAUUCACCUCCAGAAGUUUUAAAACUAGCAAUGGAUAGUAGUUACAAAGCGCUAAUUACCCACGAUGUUUGGCAAUUUGGUAUAGUUAUUUUCAUUUGCCUCACGGGGUGUUUACCUUGGCAGAAAGCUGCUUUUGACGAUCCUAGGUAUACAAGUUAUUAUGGCUGGUACAAUAGCGCUAACCCCUUGAAAAAGCAACCCAAGUUAUGGAAAAUGGUGUCAUCGAGAGCACAAAAAAUGUUCAAAAAGUUUGUGGAACCUCGAGAAGAUAAGCGUGCAUCUAAUUUUGUUGAAUUAUCAAGGUACUUAGAUGAUAGAUGGAUGGCAAAAGGGUAUACUGAUAGAGUUGCGGGAGGUGAUAUUGAUGAGCUUUGCCCGUCUAUGUACAGCUUUCACAGUGACCCCAAUGAAAAAAAUAUUUUGCUCAAACAUUUCCGAGACAAUGGAAUUGAAACAACUGUCGAUCGUCAAGUGAAAAAACAAAGAAUACGAGAAUGGAUCCAAAACAGUGUUAUUGAAGAAGCUGAUGAAGAAGAGGAGAGUGCCUAUGAACAUAGCGUCUACGAUGACAGCGAUGCUGAAUUAGAAGACAGAUCGCGACCACAUCCCAUCGACGAAACACAUAGAGUAACCCUUCGGUAUGACACAGAGAAACAUAUUAAUCCGAGAACAGGCGAGAUUGUUGAAGGUGUUAAACACCAACCAACAGAAAAAAAUCCCCUAUCUUACGAUGUCCAAAACAUUGAACCUGUUGCUCCUGUAAAUGUUGUCAGAAGAUACGGCGUUAAAGAAGAAGGUUCAUCGCAUAGCUCUACCAAAGAUAGUGCUUACGGUUCAAUGGAAGUUAAAGUUAAUUCAUCAACAAAAAUGACUUAUAAAGCUGAAAAUAAACACUUGACAUCCUUAGAUAGCACUCAAAAUUCUCCAAGUAGAUCUCUUAGUGGUUCUUCUAUUCAACAGAACCGUUCCCCUCUUACUACUCAUGCCCAAAGGAUUCAAAGAAGUGAAGAAGUAUUUUUAAGAGAAUUGGAAAGUAGAGGUAGCUCAACUACUAUUCACUCGUUAGGAAAUUCUUCACGUUCCAAUAGUCUUCAAGUGACUCGUAAUGGUUCUUUAGAUAGUGCAUCCAAUGCAAACAUUGAAGUUCCCGUGCAAAUUGAAAAUGUGUCAGCCAGGACUAACAUUCCCGUUGUAAGUCAGAAUGGAUUUAGUCCUGGUGGUAAGCCACCACAACCAACAUCAUCAACAUCAAACCCAUACGUAUCUUUAAAAAACACAGUUUAUGAUAGAGUCAAUAAUACUCCCAAUGAAACGACCAAUAACAAUACAGUUGAUAAUUAUUCCAAUAACCAGUCAAUGGACAGUCCUUAUACAUCAAUGAUGAAUAUUAUACAAGGCCAAAUGAAAAUCUCUCCACACGGCAAUGAACUAAACCGAAAUGUAGUUGAUGUAUCUGUUACUACUCAGAAUAAAAGAAAUUAAAAUUGCUCAAAUUACUUAGUUAUUACUUUGCAACCAAAAUAUCACUAAAGAAGCUGGUGAAGUUGGUAUUUAUAAAGUUUACAAUGAUUAUUAAGAUUGUUGAUCAUAAAACACAAAAGUGGCAAUAUCAUGGUUAUUGUAUAAUGAUAGUAGGUAUAUAAUUUAAAUAAGAAAUGUUUAAACCUUUGUUUAAAACUUUAUUUAUAGCUAUGUUAGUUAAGUUUAUUUUUAUACUUAAAAUUAAUUAAUUUGACAUUAUUUUAUAUACGUACUAAUUGUUAUGCUAUAUAGUAAGUUAAAGACAUGUAUUAAUAUCUUCUCAAUAAAUUAUUGUACUUUUUGAUUA